GUCAGUCUGCAGCAGAACGGGCGGAUUUCCCUCUCCGUUGCUUUCUGGACCGGACCGGACCGUCGCCGCUGCUGCUGAGUGGUCCUGGAGGGGAGGAGCCAGCUGUCAGAUCGACGCUGCUGCAGAGAGAAAUGCGCCGCAGAGGGAAUGGCCCUGCUGUCAAUGAAGAGUCCUAAAGCAAUGGAGGGCCAUCAGCCAGUCCAGAAUUAGCCCAGGCUGAGAAAACUGCAGUGGAGCUCGGAAGAAGAGGAGGAGGAGGAGGAGGAGGAGAGAGGGGAAACCCACAUGACUUGGGAUCAUAAAAGAUCCAAAUUAGUUAUGUUCCCCUUUGGCAGCGAUUACCUCCUCCCCACUGUCUCCCUCUGGAUCUCUCUGACUCGUCCUCCAUCAAACAGCACAGUAGCCACUCUGCUCAUAGAUUGUGAGCCGUGGUAACUCACUGUGCACGCCCCUCCCCCACCCCACCCCACCACCCAAAACACACACACGCAAGUUGCAUCCUGCUAAUGGUUAUUGGCCUGCCCUCCUCAGCUGCUUUGUCUGCUCCAGUCCGACACCAUGAAGAGGCCCAAGCAGCAGACGGGGCCCCUGAGCUUCUUAAACUUCUUCAGCCGAAAGCCCAAAUCGGAGCCGAGGACCGAGAUGCCUAUGGAGUCCUGGCCCAAAGAGGAGCUGGCUAUCACCCUGACUCCAAGCGAACACCCAGAACAGGACGUCACAAUAAACGAGGCUGGAGAACCGAGAGUUCCUUUAGCCGAAAAAGGAGAAGGAGGAGGCGUGACUUCAACUGCUGAGGUGGGCGGGGACAGCGGUGCCACAGCUGACUGCGUGGGCGGGGUAAGCAGCGGCUCCACUGGCGUCCUGUCGCUUUCGUCCUCCAGCCAAGAUCAGCUCUUGGAUGAGCACACGGAGGAGUGCCCACUGUGCCUGCUCAGUCAACCGCGCUGCCACUUCCCCCGGCUCACUUCCUGCUCUCACCGCGCCUGCUCCGACUGUCUCCGCCAGUACCUGCGCAUUGAGAUAUCAGAGAGCCGGGUGAGCAUCGCGUGCCCGCAGUGCCCCGAAGCGCUGGCACCGCUGGAUGUUUGUUCCAUCCUGGAUGAUCGGGCGUUGCUGGAGAGGUUUGAGGAGUUCCAGCUGAGGCGUUUUCUGGCCGCUGACCCAGACACACGAUGGUGCCCCGCGCCUGACUGCAGCUACGCAGUGAUCGCUUACGGCUGCGCCGAGUGUCCAAAGCUGAGCUGCGGCCGUGAAGGAUGCGACACAGAGUUUUGCUACCACUGCCGUCAGCUGUGGCAUCCCAACCAGACGUGUGACCAGGCCCGACGCCAGCGAGCCCGCCACACCUCAGGCGGCAACGACGCCUCCACACUUUAUGUCUUCAGUGAAGAACCUGGAGGAGAUGCAGAGGAGAUCAAAGCGUGUCCUCGCUGUGGUGCCUACAUCAUGAAGACUAACGAUGGCAGCUGUAACCGCAUGAACUGCACCGUGUGCGCCUGUCAGUUCUGCUGGCUGUGUAUGCAGGAGAUCACCGACGUGCACUACCUCAGUCCCUCCGGAUGCACCUUCUGGGGAAAGAAGCCAUGGUCUCAAACCCGAAAAGUACUGUGGCAGGUGGGCAUGUUGUUGGGAGCACCAGUGGUCAUCUCCCUAAUAGCUGGCAUCGCUAUCCCAGUCAUCAUUGUGGGAAUACCAAUCUACAUGGGCCGCAAGGUGCACGGUCGCUGUAAGAAAAACAACAUCUCAGGAAGUAAGCACUAUUUGACUGUGGCGAGUGGCGUGAUGAUGUCGGUAUUUGUGUCGCCAGUCAUAGCCGCUGUUACUGUGGGUGUUGGUGUGCCGCUCAUGCUGACAUACGUCUACGGGGUCGUUCCCAUGUCGCUCUGUAGGAACGGCUGGUGCCGCCCGCAGAGCGAGCCUCCUGAAUCCCACAAGAUCCAGCUGGAGGAUCUCGCCAGCUAUCUUCUAUUCUCUCAUGUAGUUAGUGACCACUGGACGGGUCAGAAGAACCCGACGCUCAGCAACACCAGCGUCCAAGAAGUCAGAGUGAGUGUACAAGAAGUGGGCUUCCUUCCGAGUACAAGCACCACGCCCCCAGGGCUAGAUAGCUAUGUGGGAUUGGAUAAAGCCACGAAACGCCAUGGAUACCCCCAGCAGGAUAGCCAAUUAGACUGCGAGGUGGUUAUUGUGCCUGACAGCAAGUCGAAUGACACGCUAGACGCUCCUUUGAGGGAAGGAACCAAUAUUGAAGUCCGAGUGGAAAUCGAGUCACACCCCAGAGGCGCUCGCCAGUCCAGCCUAAGUAGCAUCCUGUCCAGCCGCAGCCUGUCUGUGGAGUCCCUGGGACACUCGCAGUCCCAGUCCCAAUCCCAAGACCCGUGUGCCACAGAACUGGACAAAUGGCGAGAGGGAACAGGAGAGCAGGAGGGACAGGAGAGGCUGAGUGGCGAAACGGGAGAAGACAUGACUGUUUGCUCAGUCUUUGACGGCGUAUGAGGUCACCCGGUCCAGGGCUCUGCACUCGGUAUGAGAUUAGUCAGGUUUAUGGAAAUAAAUCCACGGAUUGACCUGAAAAUCGUUGGCCAAAGCCACAUCCUGCUUCGUUCUAAGACAGGCCCUCCCACUAGUUGCCUUCAAGCUCCAGCCGCUAAAGAAGACGCGGGUGUUGCGACAGCUCAUGAAAAAAAGAUU